UCCCAACAGUCGCUACCUUUCUGCGUCCAAUCGCAUCCGCUUCUGUCUAAGUCGUUAAGUAGCCGCUGGUACGAGUACAUCUAUGUCCCUAACUUCAAUAUUUUACACUCUACAUUCUCAACACUCGACGCGAUAAGAGACAUUUACGCAUCGGCUGGACUCGACGUUGGUUUUGUGGACUUCCAUGUGUCCUGCUGUGAUGCAAACUGUGCAGACAAGCCUGUAUUCAGUCCGACCAGAAUGGUGGUGGAGUUUGGCGCAUCUGCUUCUGCCAGCUGCUCCGUGUGUCAGAGUGCUUGCCACAACAAGGUGUUUGGUUUGGAAAAAUCAGUCGGGACUGAAAAACGAAAUGGAACCACCAUUUUAUGGACCGUUGACAAAAUGGAUAAGUGGCCUUCAUCCACCAUGUGCUACUACAACAUUGGCAAUGGCUCUCAGUGCUGCAGCACCCUGCCAGUGCUUGUUUACCAGUAUCCACAAACAGUCAAUUUAGAAUUGCUCCAUGAUGGACCUCUGCUUGAGGGUCAACAGUACAUGCUGUCCUGUACGGUGGAGAAAGCGGCCCCAGUUAAACACCUUAUUGUGGAAUUCCUUGAAGGAGCCAGACUACUGGCACAGUACGAGUUGAAGAAUAGCACAGAGAAGAAGCCCGCUGACAAGGUGUUUAUGCACAGCAUCACUGCCAGCAAAGAGAAUGAUGGGGCUUCUUACUGGUGUCAAACCAAGCUGGAUCUCGGACCAGAGGGCCCGCUUCAGCCCCGUGUGGUGACAUCUGGGACUGUCUUCACCACUGUUCACUAUAAACCUUAUUUGAGAGGGACAUCCCAUUCAGAGCUCAUCAGCCUCACGGUGGGAGAUCCGCUUCACCUCAACUGCUCUGUCGAGGGCAACCCGAGCCCCUUGUACACAUGGACUCAUCCGUUGGCCGCUUCUUCCCCCAUCAUUGGCGAUGUUUUCUCUGUGGCGUCUGUGACCAUGGAGCACCAUGGACAGUACAUCUGUUCAGCCAGCAACAGCAUUGGAACGACCACUGUUUACUUUAACGUGGAAGUACAGGCCAACUACAUGUAUAUUAUUUUAGCCGUGGCUGCAGUUGUUGUCGCUCUUGUGGUCCUCCUCUUCAUCAUUGUGUACGUCCGUUACUACAGACUUAACAAGACUGGAAGAUACAACCUGAAAGACGUGUUCCGUUUUCACCAGCAACAUGUCGCCUUGCCCGAUGGGGAGAUGUAACACGGCAAUAUGAAAGGGUUAACUAAGGUGUUGCUGUUCCCCUAACUGUGCUUUUAUUGCUCUAUAAGAUGUCACUUCAAGUACUGAAGUCAGUAAUCAGGGCACAAAUCACUUUCAAUCAUUGUCCAUGUUCCUGUCCUGCAUGACUGAUUUGGUUGAUUUGUUGAUUUUUGGGUUAUGAAUAUAGCACGAGAGCACACUACGAUCCAACACAGUGAUAGUCUGCACACGGGAUCUGCCAUGCAUUUGUUUGCAUGAUUUUCUUUUUCAAUAUUUAUCCACUGGAAAUGUAAAAGCAUUUAAAAUUCCAUUCAAUUUUGCCUGGAAUCCACUUGACAUUAUAAGAUAAAUGUCAUCCAUGUUAUGUCUUGGAUCAGAAGCUGUGAGUUUAGAUAACAUUUUCUGAAGCUGCUGGAGCAUUUAAAUGGAUUCUAAAAAAACAAUGUAAAUAUUUACAACUGUGUUCAAACCUACGUAUAUGUAAGCUAAUAUAGACUCCAAUUUGACUGCAGGAUCUCCAAAUCUGCAGGAAGUCAUUCUGGUAUUGUUUAUCACCACACUAACGCCUUCAGAGAGCCUUUUGGAUUGUACAGCAGAUAAUGUGUUGUGAAAAAGGAACGUUAGGAAUGUUUUUUUUUUAAGUGGGCGUAACUUCAAAUUACUAACAGAUCAAAUCAGUAGGAAGUCUCCCAGGUGCAAAUAGUGUCCAGUGUUCAAAUGCUGGUCUAUUCACACAAGGUGUAACACAACGCGUGUGCCUUAAACACCUGACCACUUUGUACUGAUUUUUUUUAUACAUACUGUAUAUAUACAGUAUAUAAAUAGUCACUGAAGUGAUGGAAAUGAAAGAACUGAAUUUCCCGUUCAUUUGUGGCUUAUACUGUAGACUGUAUGUGAUUGUUCAUAUAUAUUUUGUAUUUUCUAUAAAUAAAUAUUUUGUAUGAGACUAAAUACUGUACUGUUGAAAAGUAUCUAUACAGAGAUCAUUCAUCACCAGUGUUGUAUGAGUGGAAUGUAAAAUAAAUAUGAAUAU